AUGUCAGCAGAAGAUUAUAAGAACUUGCCAGUUACCGUUGAAAAGCCUAUCCCAGUUGUGUACGACUUGGGUAACUUGGCAGCUUUCGACAGCAACGUUUUGGAUAAAAAUGAUUUUGAUUCUUCAAAUGUUAAGCGUGAGGAAAAAAUAAAGAACCUCACCCGUGACAAUGUUCAGCUACUGAUCAACCAGCUAUUAUCUCUGCCUAUGAAGACAACGACCGAAUCUGCAGGCGGUACCAGCGGCCAAAGUUCUGUGAUGACUUUACUACAACUUCCUGUUGCCACCACUGAGCUACCAAGAGAAAAACCAUUACCAAAGGCUAAGGCUAUGACCAAAUGGGAGAAGUUCGCAGCUAAAAAAGGUAUCAAACCAAAGGAGAGAGCAGGUAAGAUGGUUUAUGAUGAAGCUUCUGGUGAAUGGGCUCCAAAGUGGGGUUACAAGGGUGCAAAUAAGAAACUAGAUAGUCAAUGGCUAGUCGAAGUAGACGAUAAAGUAAAAGGUACUGAAAAGGAAUUGAUCGAUCCAAGAACUUUGAAUAGGGCAGAAAGAAAACGUUUGGUAAAGAAGAACGAAAAACAGCAAAAAAGAAAUAUGAAGAAUGCUUUAUAA